CGUGGAUCCUCUGGGGAGCCUCAACAACAUGAUGCUGACGAGGCAGAAAGGUCUCUUUCCAGAUCAGAACACCUUAAGAAAAACCAUCUGAGACCCACUGGGAAGAAAUCUCACUGCUGCUCUGACUGUGGGAAACAUUGCAAGUUUUCAUCAGAACUUAAAAUACACCAGCGAGUACACACAGGAGAGAAACCUUAUAGCUGUUAUCAAUGUGGGAGGAGUUUUACUCGGUCUAGCUCCCUGAUAGUGCACCAGAGAACACACACAGGAGAGAAACCUUAUAGCUGUGAUCAAUGUGGGAGGAGUUUUACUCUGUCAAGCUACCUGAUAGUACAUCUGAGAACACACACAGGAGAGAAACCUUACAACUGCUCUGACUGCGGAAAGACUUUUGUUAAUUUAAUAGAUUUAAAAUCACACCAUAGAACACACACGGGAGAGAAAUCACCAUAUAGUUGUACUCAAUGUGGGAAGAGUUUUACUCGGUCAAGCUCCCUGAUAGUGCACCAGAGAACACACACAGGAGAGAAACCUUAUAGCUGUACUCAAUGUGGGAGGAGUUUUACUCGGUCAAGCUCCCUGAUAGUGCACCAGAGAACACACACAGGAGAGAAACCUUACGACUGCUCCGACUGCGGAAAGUAUUUUGUUAGUUUAAGAGAUUUAAAAUCACACCAGAGAACACACACAGGAGAGAAAUCACCAUAUAGCUGUGAUCAAUGUGGGAAGAGUUUUACUCAAUCAAGCUACCUGAUAGUACACCAGAGAAGACACACAGGAGAGAAACCUUAUAGCUGUGAUCAAUGUGGGAAGAGUUUUACUCAAUCAAGCUACCUGAUAGUACAUCUGAGAAUACACACUGGAGAGAAACCUCACUGCUGCUCUGACUGUGGGAAGAGAUUCACCUGUUCAGCAUAUCUUGAAGUACAUCAAAGAAUUCAUACUGGAGAGAAACCUUUCAGCUGCUCUGACUGUGGGAAGAACCUUUCAAGUUUAUAUACAUUACAAACACACCAGAGAAUUCACACUGGAGAGAAAUCUUAUGGCUGUGAUCAAUGUGGGGAGAGUUUUACUCAGCCAAGCUUCCUGAAAUCACACCAGAGAAUACACACUGGAGAGAAACCUUACCACUGCUCUGACUGCGGAAAGAGUUUUGUUAGUUCAAAAAAUUUAAAAACACACCGGAGAACACACACAGGAGAGAAGCCUCAUAGCUGUGAUCAAUGUGACAAGAGAUACUCUGAUAAAAGAUGUCUGAUCAAACAUCAGAAAAUACAUGAAGGAGUUGUGUCAUGAUAUCAAUGAAAUAAUGUCACAAUGUAGAAUGUUUUAACAUUGUAGUAGGAGUAUUUUAAUUAAUAAUGUCACAAUGUAGAAUGUUUUAACAUUGAAGUAGGAGUAUUUUAAUUAAUAAUGUCACAAUGUAGAACUCUAGUCGUUUGCCCCCUGUUCUAUUGAUUUCAGCAUGAUAUGAGCCUCAUCAGAGGAAGAAUCUUUGUACUUUGCUCCGUUCAUCUUGCCCUCGAUCCUGACUGAUCUGCCAGUCCCUGCCACUGAAAAACAUC